UUGUUUGUUCUCAGAAAUGUAUUUGCCGACGGUGUAAAGGCCUUGGCUGGUCAGUUCGUGCCCAAGCAUUAUGCACAUCCCCUCAUAGAUCGAUGCUGGGGCUCAAUCUCGAUUGUAGAUCAAGCUGUACUCAACACAUCACGAGAACUCUGCGACCACCUGAAGAAAAGCCAUGUUACAGCCGAUUCUCCAGUAUAUGUGGUGAGACCUAUACCCAAAGAUGGCUACUCAAAAAUACACUCGCUAGCGGAACUUGAAUAUCCAGUAUCUUCCUGCCAUAUUUGCGAAAACAGGCACUACUACGCCAGUAUUGAAGAUGCAAUUAACCAUAUUCGUUUGGUGCAUAUUUCUCCACAAAGUACCGAUGUAGAACAUCAUUCAGAAUCGCUCACGCAUUGGGUUGCAUCCACCACAGACGCGGAUCUGGAGAGUAAAACGGAAAGUCUUCUCAGCUAUCUCGAAACCCUCAAUCUACGUGUAAACAAGCUCCUGUCAAAGGCCGUGGAAAUGCGUCAGGGUGUCGCCAAUGGCUCGCAAGAGCUCGACGAUGGGUACUUUUUGCGCGCAACACUAGUCAAAGCUGCGGAGAAGAUUUUCCAAUUCGUGUACUACUCAGCGUAUAGUUUCAAUGUUCAUUGCGACUCUGGAUCUGCACCAGCAGGACCUCGGCUUCUUGUUUCGUCUCGACAACAUUAUCACGACAAAUCCGGGGCUGAAAUGUUCGCUACCCUCGCCGACCUCGCAAUGUCAAAAGCAAGAGACGACCUCUUACUCAUGACGCAGAUUGGCGAUGACGCGAGGUCAGUGUUCCACUUCAAAGCUUCGCCACAAUUUACUAUCUACCUCGGUCUUUCAGGUCUUAUAAGAAGGCCAAUUAUGUGGAAUAUGUCGAUAUUGCAAUUAUACAGAGAUCACCUGUCCGCUUUGCGCUUCAAAGCCAGCCGCAAACCUUCCAAGCUGGUGUUACGCGAGCUAUAUCUCUUGGAUGAAGAGAUUGAAAUUGUUGAGUCUGUAUACAUGCAACAAUAUAGGGCCGAAUAUAAGCUCUGGAAAGUGCUCGGAGUAGACGAGAUUGAACUCAGGCGAGAGGGUCGAGACGAAUACGUAGAGAAUAUAUUCUCCCAAUUUCGCAAAGACCUAGAAAAGGCCACCAAAGCCCUACGACACAACAUUGAGAUCACAGAGGAAGGCGACUCCAAAGCGAUUCUCAUCUUCACACUCGUCACAAUCAUCUUCCUACCUCUUUCCUUUGUAGCCUCAGUGUUCGGCAUGAACACUUCGGAUAUCAGGGACAUGGACAGUGACCAAACGCUUUUCUGGGCAAUAGCACUUCCCGUCACCAUAACCAUCGGCACGAUAUCCCUGAUAGCAGCAUACCGACACACCGAUAUCAGAGAAGGAAUACAAAAGUUUAAGGAUAGCCUCGCAAUGAAAAGGCACAGGUACAGCCAUCGCCGCCGUCCUUGGAACCGUAACAAACACAGAACAGACGAAGAGCGGGCAUAUGGUUCCAACAACGCUGCGAUAGGGAUGCUAAAACGCCGCUUCGACUCUCAACGCUCUGAUCCAUGGCUACAAAGCAAACGCUGGUCGAGCCGCAGACAAAAGACUGGUUCGCAUGGUCCCCGUGUUCUAGUCCGCACCGCGACUGGCAAAACGCUCCAUGAGAAACCCAAGCGGAGG